UAAAUCCUUUGUCAUCAUAGGAUUAGGAUAUCUAGGCAUGCGCAAAGAGAUGUUUUUGCUUCCAGCUGUUUCCCUUCUCCCUCGUCAAAAGUCAAGGAAAAAUCGAAUCGAAGUGAAAACGAAAAUAGUGCUCAAGUGGUAGUGCAAUAGAAACUUCAGCUAAAGUCGUCAAUUAAUCUCUACAUCGAAUCAAAGAUCAUUGUACUUUCUGUAUUGAGGAAAUCAAAAUCUAGUGAAGAAUUAAUGGCGUCGUAGACAGAACCCUGACAAAAACAUUUCGAAAUACUGUUAUAUUUUUACACAAUGGCGAACACGAAACCAACUAGUAGUGCUUUAAGAGCCUUAGCUGUGGAAUAUAAAAGUUUGCUAGAAGAGCCAGUUGAAGGUUUUCGUGUCAAAUUGGUUAAUGAUGACAACCUCUUUGAAUGGGAAGUGGCUAUAUUUGGACCCCCUGAUACUCUGUACAUGGGGGGUUGUUUCAAGGCAAGGAUGAAAUUUCCCCCUGAUUAUCCCUAUUCACCACCUUCCAUCAGAUUUUUAACUAAAGUUUGGCAUCCUAAUGUGUAUGAGAAUGGUGACUUAUGCAUCAGUAUAUUGCAUCCACCAAUUGAUGAUCCUCAAUCUGGCGAAUUGCCUUGUGAACGUUGGAAUCCUACACAAAAUGUGAGAACAAUCUUGCUCAGUGUAAUUUCUCUGCUCAACGAGCCGAAUACCUUCAGUCCUGCCAAUGUGGAUGCUUCAGUCAUGUAUAGGAGAUGGAGAGAAUCAAAAGGAAAAGAUCAAGAGUAUGAAAAUAUCAUCAGAAAACAAGCAAUGGCAGCAAGGGCAGAAGCUGAAAGAGAUGGCAUACAAGUGCCUCUUACUCUUGAAGAUUAUUGUAUCAAAACCCAGGUAAAACCGAAUCCUUCAUCAUCAGAUUCCCAAGCUGAGAUGGCAGAUUUCUAUGAUGACGAUUACGAUGAGGACUAUGACGAUCCCUCUUAUGGAUCAGAUUAUGCUGAAGACGACAACGACAGUGGUAAUGGUGAAUCAUGAUCACCAUCUCGGUGAUCGAAUAAACGAGAGUGUUUCAGUGAAAGUUGAAUAGAAUUGUUUUAGAAGAUACAUUUACAUUGCAUAUUAUACAGGGUGUGGCUGCUGGAAUGGAUAUAAAAGGUAUUUUAGUACCUAUUUGAACUGUUGUCCUCAUUUUAUUGAAAAGUCAUAAUGGAAUUGUAAAUAUUUAAUCAAUUGAUGUUUUCACUUAUAUAUUGUGAUAUCUGAGAGCACUCUUUUCUCAAAAUUAAUUCUGCAAUUUCAUGUAGAAAUUUAUAUUGAAAUUUGUUUUGUUUACUUUAAUAUCCUAUUUUAAUAUAUUAUUAUCUAGUAUCGUAAUUGGUUGAAGUAUUAUUUAAAUUUGUUAAUUUCAAAAUAUCGAAUUUUUCAAUAGAUAUUUUUAUAAUUGUUUAUGGGGCUCCAUAUAUAUUUAUACACAUAUAUAUAUAUUUAUUUUUUAAUAUUGAAUAUUGAUUUUCAGUUACAUCCUGUAUAAGGUGCUUGUUUUAUUUUCAAUUCAUUCAUUUGAUGUAAGCUGUGAUGGAAUAUUCAGAAUUAGAAGUCCAGAGUGGAAUUUAGUGAAACUACACUAAUUGAUUAUUUUUCAACAAUGGCAACUAUUUCUUUUUUGUUAAGUUCAUAAUAUUCAGCAUCUAGAAAUAACGAAACUGAAACGAAUAUAUAUAUAAUUCAGUUUUAUUCUUUCCUUUUGUUGAAUUGUGAGAAGUUGUCGUUUUUCUGGGUAUUCUGUAGAUUGAAAAUAGGGAUAGCCGGGACCCUGACAUAAUUGUUCACAUGACACUGUACAUUUUUAGCGUAAGUCAUAUCUCAAGUGGGCAAGUUUUGAAUAUUCAGGAUUAAUUGAUGGACAUCAAAUUAUUUGAUUCAUUUUAAUUAGUGUUAUGAAACGUAAAUUUAAAUAUUGGUCUCUGUGGUCCAUUUCACAGUGCAGUGAAAUUAGAAGAAAUUUGCUUUUGGAAAAACAGAAAGGAAUCUUUGGUGUUCGUUAUGAUUAUUUCCUUCAUAUGGACUGAUAUUCAAGAUGCAGUUCAAAUAUAUUCAAUUGGACUGGUAUCCUGGUUUGAAGAUAUCUUUUCUGCCAUUUUUCUGUAGUGAAUAUUUGUUAUAUUUAACGAUUGAAAGUCAAUGAAAAUUAUAUGUAAUAUGAGUGAUUAUAUUUCCAAAGGUCAUCUGUAAAAAGAACCAUAUGUUUUUCAAAUAAAGUAGAGAAAAAAAUAUGUGUUUAGUACUAAAGAAA